UAUCGUUGACAACACUCGGCCUUGUACACCGAACACUUACAUUGUACAUUUGGAAUGCCUCGUAAGAGAAAAGGAAGGAAAAGAGCUACAGACGGUGAAGACUCGGCUACUAGUCUCCCACGCUCUAGAUCUACAGUUGCAGCUGGAAGAAGUAAAUAUUUCACAUCUGAACAGACCGCAGAGAAAACUCCUGUCCCUUCCAGGACGCGAAUAUCGAAGGCAAGAGCUGCUGGUAGGCUUUCCAAACAUUUCUGUAAUUCUGAUGAACAGACGGACGACGUAGAGAGUGUAGAAAACGAGAAUUCAGAUAUUUCUAUUGGAAACAAACAUCACCACGUAGAGGACAUGGUGGUAACAGAGACAAAAAGUAAAUACUUUGGUCAAGUUGCAUUGAAUUUGAGUGAAGAGUCGAGCGAUUCAGAAGAAGAAACACAAUCUCGAAGAAAAAGGAAGAAAAAAUCAUUGCGAAUAGAUCUACAACGGAAAAGAUUGAAGCUAGACAAGAAAAGAAAGAACGAUUUUGUAUCAGACUCGGAGUUGACAAGAAACAUCAUGCCUGGCAAAUUCAAGGAAAGUCGAUGUAAUGAGGAUGCUUUUGAUGAAACGGAGGGUACACAGAAGGAGGAUGGAAGUCUUUGUGAGUACAUGGAAAGUGUUGGAAAGAAGUUAGCACACGAACAAGUUUCACAGAAAGCUGGAGAGAAGUGCAUGGAUAAUGGAGGCUGCGUCGUGAAGGAUCAGGGGCUACCAUUGAAACAAGUCAAGGCACCUGAAAUGAUGCGUGAAGUGAAAGAUGUGCAGCCUGCGUGUGCAAGUGAUUCCGAUGUCGAGUGGGAGGAUGUGGAUGCGCCUAGACUUCCAGAACCAUCUCAGGAAGGUGCCAAAGCAAUUGAAAUCACAAUGCAAUCACAGACGAAAUCUGAACGGAUGAUGAGCUGCUUGCAGAGAGCCAUAACAAAGUAUCGUCGUAAGAUACAAGUGAAUAUUCAUAAGGUGCACUUGCUUUGUCUUGUGGCUAUUGCAAAGCAAAGGAGCAAUUUGUGUAAUAUUCCUCUACUUCAGGCUUUUUGUUUGUCUCUUGUUCCUGACCAGUUUUUGAACAUCAAGAAGAAAACAUUUCGGAUAGAUUUGCUUACAAAUCUUACGAAAUGGUUGACAUCUACACUCUCUUAUUGUCCUCAUUCGACUAACGUUUCUGAGGGAGAGUGCUUUUACUAG